UAUUGCUAACUUUUUAGUGAGGCUCAGUGAAUUAAUUUACCUUCCAAGAGAAUGACUGAAGUUUUGCAUCUGUCAAUGUUCCAAUCUGUUUUGAUGUUUUGUGAAGGAAAAAUAAAUAUAAUAUCAGUUGUUUAAACAGAAUGCAAUCUUAUGAAAUUCUCGAGGAAAAUUUUACCAUUACAUUUUAUUUCUCUUUCCCUUUUCUUCUCUCACCUGUUUUUGCUCUUAAGAUUAACCAGUCUAAACUAAGUCUUAGCAAGAAUGAAAUGUCCUUACCACAUUGACCUCAUGUCUUAAAUGAUUGUGCCAGGUUUAAAACAUUGGUUAUGACGAAUACUUGAAGGGAAAUCUUCACUAGUUACCACAUUGAAAAUUUGAAAUAGCAAAGAAUGAAUGAACAGGAGAGUAUUCGAAUUCUAUCAAGAUCCAGAACAGUCUAAAAUGAAACAGUUGGGUGACAACCAAGGAAAUUGAAAAUUCUAACUUGACAAGUUGAGCUUGAAAGCCUAUUUUGUCAUUUCAUUUCCAAAUGGACCAUAAAGAAGAACAAAAAAUGAGCAAGAGACCACCUCCUGAUCCUGUGGCAGUGCUACGAGGACAUCGUGCUUCAAUCAUGGACAUUUGUUUUCACCCCUUUAAGCCAAUGUUAUUCUCCGGUUCUGCUGAUGGCGAAGUAAGGAUUUGGGAUGCCCUUCAGCAUAGGACAGUGUCAUCAGCAUGGCUACAUAGUGCUGCCCAUGGGAUUGUUGCUGUUGCCAGUAGUUCUACCCUUGGAACCAAUAGAUUUGUCAGCCAGGGUAGGGAUGGAACUAUAAAAGUUUGGGAAUUUGAUGAUGCUGGUUUGUCCAGGAUUCCAUCAGUUACAAUCAAGACGAACACUUACCACUUUUGCAAGUUUUCCACAGUGAAGAAUCAUUCUUUUUGGUCAAAAGAAGGGAAAGCAUCAAAAGAUUGCUAUAGGGCAGAGCCAGGAGGAAUGUCUGAUAGAGAAAUUCUGGAGGUUCAAAAAAAGGACGCUUACUCUGAUCAUAGUUGUUCUGAAAGCUUUGGAGAAAAUAUGUAUAAUGAAUGUCUACAAUAUGUGGCUUUGUCAGGGGAAAACUCUUCUGAGGUUGAAAUCUGGGAUCUCAAGUCAGCUGAAAAAUUUAUACGAUUCCCUUCAAGCAAUCCCAGUAACUCUUCAAGUGCUCACAACAAAGGGAUGUGCAUGGCACUUCAAUUGUUUUUACCAUAUGAAUCGCAAGGAUUUCUAAAUGUCUUGGCUGGAUAUGAGGAUGGUUCCAUGCUUUGGUGGGAUGUACGGUAUCCUGGAGUUCCAGUAACUUCUGUAAAAUUCCAUUCUGAGCCAGUUCUGAGCAUCUGUAUUGACGGUUCCUGCAAAGGGGGUAUCUCAGGAGCUGCAGAUGACAAGAUUGUAAUGUACAGCUUGGAUUAUUCUUCGGGUACAUGUGUGGUGAAGAAAGAAAUCAGUUUGGAGCGACCUGGCAUUGCAGGCACCUCAAUUCGGCCUGAUGGAAAAAUUGCUGCAACUGCUGGCUGGGACCACAGGGUGAGGAUAUAUAAUUACCGCAAAGGAAAUGCUUUAGCUGUUCUAAAGUAUCACCAUGGCACGUGCAACGCUGUCACUUAUUCAUCUGAUUGUAAACUUAUGGCCUCUGCAUCGGAAGACACAACCGUGGGACUUUGGGAAUUGUAUCCUCCUCGAAUGUGAAUGAAUU